GCCGCCUGGCGCAGCCAAUGGAAGCCGCGGGGCGGGUCGCGCGGGGCUAGGCGCGGGCUGGGAGGCGCCGUUCCGCCAGAUGCGGGGGAGGCGCAGUGGCGGAUGUGGAGUGGUGCGCGCGGGCAUGGAGUCGCGAGCUGACCCCGGCUGCCCGCGCUGAGGAACGCGCCUGCCCGGCGGGGCCCAGCGGAUCCAAGCCUAGCGCGGCGGCGAGCGUAACCGUGGGAGCCGGCCUCUGCUCGUGGCAGCCCGCUGUCACCUUCCCCACUGGCAAUGGGGAAUGGACUCUCGGACCAGACGCCCAUCUUCUCCAGCCUGCCUUCUUUUCAGAGCUUUCACAUUGUCAUCUUGGGACUGGACUGUGCUGGGAAGACAACCGUCCUCUACAGAUUACAGUUCAAUGAGUUCGUCAACACUGUCCCCACUAAAGGAUUUAAUACGGAGAAAAUCAAAGUGACGCUGGGCAACUCGAAAACGGUCACUUUCCACUUCUGGGAUGUAGGCGGUCAGGAAAAGCUGAGGCCGCUGUGGAAGUCGUACACGAGGUGCACCGAUGGCAUUGUGUUUGUGGUGGACUCAGUCGAUGUUGAGAGAAUGGAGGAGGCCAAAACGGAACUUCAUAAGAUUACUAGGAUAUCUGAAAAUCAAGGAGUACCUGUCCUUAUCAUUGCUAACAAGCAGGACUUGAGAAACUCUCUCUCCCUUUCUGAAAUUGAGAAGAUGUUAGCAAUGAGUGAGCUGAGUUCUUCAACUCCCUGGCAUUUGCAGCCUACCUGUGCAAUCAUUGGAGAUGGACUCAAAGAGGGACUGGAGAAACUACACGAUAUGAUAAUUAAACGAAGGAAAAUGUUGAGGCAACAAAAAAAGAAGAGAUGAGUUCUAUUCCGAUCUUUCCGUUUUUAAGUAGUUAACGUGGUCAAAAUUUGACAUAAGACAGCUUCCAAGCCCAGGCCUGCUUGUUUGGAUGCUGUUAAGCUUAGUUACAUUAAACAGUCAGUUGCACAACCUUGCUCUGUGGAGGGCUGUGCAGUUAUGGAACUUCUUAUUUUAUUUUUAAUAGUCUCUUCUGAGUUUUAUGGCUCUGUAUUAUUUCAGAAGCCCUAAUAGGUGAUGUAAUACUAUCUGGAAAUGGAUGGGUGGGUAUAUGUGACAUGGAUGUCUAAAUAGCCAGAUAAAAUGAGGGUUUUCUGCUUAGUGUUGUACUCAUAUGUUUGAGGGUGCCCUCUGCAAGCAAUUUGCAUUGAAGCCGUUCUGUAUUUUUGAACUUCUAAUGCGCGUAAGUGGAGUGUUUAGGUGAACAUUAUACAGCUUUAAAAACAUGUAUGAAGCCAGUAACUCAUUAUUUUGAGAGGCUGUUUUUUACCUUGUUUGGGGAUUUCUAUGAAAGUUUGGCUACAUGCAUAGGUUUUCCUUUAAUUCAGCUCUUUUUGAAAUUCAAUCCUGUUCAGUUCAAAUACUUGAAAUUUAAGUGCUAUGGAUUCUUCAACUAACAAAGACUUUUUGACACGUAAAAAGUACAAACAACAUAGUGGAGCAUGGAAAAGGUGGCUUCCCCAACAUGUAGCAUGGUUUUGGUAUGUAAGGUUUUUGUUUUAUAGAAGCAGCUCUUCAUCAUUAUACCGUGGUAAUCAGGUUUAAACUGCUACUAAAAAUUAGUCAUUUAUUCCUGAAUGGUAUUAUGUCCUCCUACUAUCAAGUGAAAAGUAAAUGAAUUGCAGUAAAAGAGCUACAACAAACAACUCUGGUGGUUGUGCUUCUAACCAGUGCUGCUUGCUUUGCUCUUUUGGUGACUUUUCUGGCAAAAUUAUAAUGAAGUAAAGAUGGAGUUAAAAAUUAGCAAGACGCAUCUUUGUAUUUCCCCACAGUACCAUUUUAUUAAAGCGGUAUUGCUGUGUCACUUUCAACAUGCGCUUUUUUUUUUUUUAUCGUGACUCUUAAACUAUUUUGUGGUUAGGAAUGUUAUGAUGCUUUAUACACUCAAACAUUUGACACUACUGAGGGUAGGGGCUGGGGGGAGAAGAUUUUCAAGAUGGGCCUGUGUUCUGCUUUAAUUAUGCUUUAAGCUGUUCUUGUUUACAGAGUGUGCAAGCAGUGUUAACUGGGCAGGGUAGUGGUUGACGGAAAAGGGAGGGUAGUUUUUACUACUGGUACAGAGCUUCAAGUGACUCUUUAGAUAUGUGGCUAGCAAUUAAAAGGGCUAAAACAGAGCCUGAACUUUUAAGACUAACCUUAGUGGUGCUGUAAGAAUUCACCAGAAUGUUAGAGUAUUUUUAAACUUUUGUUGGAAAUACCAUGUUAAAAGAAAAAAAUUUAAAAAAUGGCAAAAUCUACUUCCUCCUCUUACUCAACCAGCAAAGUAAUACAUUUUUUCUUAUCUGCUGCCAUGUAUCAGGAGGAUGACAGCUGCAAACCUGAAUGUUGAUCAAUGUAACUUAAAAUGUUGAAAAAGAAACAACAAAAAAGAAACUUUUAAACCAGCAGCUGUUGGUCCAGGAGGUAACCAAAAAUGCACUUUAGUGUCUUCAAUAACUGAAAGUGACAGCUGGUUGGAGGUUUUUUUUAUGACAUCUUGGUCCUUUUUGAAUAAACUGAAGUAGCUUCCAGUGGAGCUUUUGUAUGUUGGUUAUAUAUGUACCUGCACUGGUGACAUUGUUAGUCACUCAAUGUCUAUAUUUAUAGAAAUGUGGAUGACUUCUUAAACCUCAAUAAACGAUUCAAAACAA